GCAUGACAGAGAGAGGAGGAGAGGACUCCUGAGAGAGGACCGCUGUUACAGGACUACUGUCCUCCUGUGCCGACACGUCAUAUAUUUAGGCGUCAUUUAACAGUGGUCUGUGGUGGAUAUUUAGUUUAACACUGUCCAUUAGUGUCGCGCUGUGAGGAGGACUUGUCCCACUGUUAGCUUGUUUGCUAGUUUACUCCGGCUGCAUGGCUAGCUAGCACAAUAAAGCUAACUGUCGUUAGCUUCUGGCUUCAGCGGCGAAGUGAAGAGCCGAGGAGGGGAAUGGCAAGAGUUUACUCGGAUAGCGCUUUCAGAAGAAACAACGACUAACCAGCCUAAACCAGCCCAAAUCUCGGUAGUUCUCUGAUUCACCGGUUGUUGGUGUUACUGUAAUCCCCACCAUGGUGCAGAAGUACCAGUCACCUGUGCGGGUGUACAAACAUCCUUUUGAGCUGGUGAUGGAGGCCUAUGAGCGCCGGUUCCCAACCUGUCACCUUAUCCCUAUGUUUGUGGCAAGUGAUGUGGUGGAAGAGGAGACCAGCGAGGACGGUUCCACCCACAGGGUUGAGCGCCGCUGUGCCCUGGAUGUUGACGCCCCACGCCUGCUCAAAAGGAUUGCAGGUGUAGAUUAUGUCUACUUCAUCCAGAAAAACACGCUGAACCGCAAAGAAAGGACACUUCACAUCGAAUCCCAUAAUGAGACCUUCUCCAACAGGGUCAUCAUCCAUGAGACCUGCUGCUAUUCGGUUCACCCGGAAAAUGAGGACUGGACAUGUUUUGAGCAGACCGCCAGCUUGGACAUCAAGUCCUUCUUUGGCUUUGAGAGCACUGUGGAAAAGAUUGCCAUGAAGCAGUAUGCCAGCAGUAUCAAAAAGGGAAAAGAAAUCAUAGAGUACUACCUGAAGGAGCUAGAAGAUGAAGGGAUCACCCAUGUGCCGCGCUGGACUCCCUCCUCUGUCCCCCUGUCUCUCCCCAGGCCAACUAGCCUCUCCACCAGCCCACUUGUUCUCCCAGAACUCUCAGUCACGCCCGCCGCUUGUGUCCCGCUGCCCACCGACACCAAGGACAGCACCUCCCAGGACACCAAGCAGGACAGCAGCGCCCUUCAGGCAGACAGCCUAACAGAGAUCCUGGCUGGUACACCUGAAGAUAAGUUGGAUGCAGACUAUAUCAAACGUUACCUAGGCGACCUGACCCCCCUGCAGGAGAGCUGUCUGAUCAGACUUCGCAAAUGGCUGCAGGAGACUCACAAGGGAAAGAUCCCUAAGGACGAGCACAUACUGCGUUUCCUGCGUGCCAGGGACUUCAACAUGGACAAGGCAAGGGAGAUCCUUUGCCAGUCGCUGACUUGGAGGAAGCAGCACCAGGUGGACUACCUUCUGGAGACCUGGAGCUCACCCCAGGUCCUCCAGGACUUCUACACCGGGGGAUGGCACCACCAUGACCGAGAUGGGCGUCCUUUGUACAUCCUGAGGUUGGGCCAGAUGGACACCAAAGGGCUGGUCCGUGCUCUCGGAGAGGAGUCUCUACUCAGACAUGUGCUGUCUAUUAAUGAGGAGGGUCUGAGACGCUGUGAGGAGAACACCAAGGUGUUUGGUCGACCCAUCAGCUGUUGGACGUGUCUGGUUGAUCUGGAGGGGCUUAACAUGCGUCACCUGUGGCGACCGGGAGUCAAGGCGCUGCUGAGGAUCAUUGAGGUCGUGGAGGCCAACUACCCAGAGACUCUGGGACGGCUGCUUAUCUUAAGAGCUCCCAGAGUUUUCCCUGUCCUCUGGACACUGGUGAGUCCGUUCAUUGAUGAAAACACCCGCAAGAAGUUCCUUAUCUACGCAGGCAAUGACUACCAGGGUCCUGGAGGGCUGGUGGACUACAUAGACAAGGAGAUCAUCCCUGACUUCCUGGGAGGAGAGUGUAUGUGUGAGGUACCAGAAGGCGGUCUCGUUCCCAAGUCGAUGUACCGCACAGCCGAGGAGCUUGAGAAUGAAGACGUUCGCCUGUGGACUGAGACGAUCUACCAAAGCGCCAGUGUGUUCAAGGGAGCUCCACACGAGCUUCUGAUUGAGAUCAUCGACGCCUCCUCGGUCAUCACCUGGGACUUUGACAUGUGCAAAGGUGAUGUGGUUUUCAACAUCUACCACUCCAAACGGGCCCCCCAGCCUCCGCGUAAGGACCCCCUGGGAGCCCACGGCAUUACCUCCCCGGGAGGUAACAAUGUCCAGCUUAUUGACAAGUCAUGGACACUGGGGCAGGAUUACAGCAUGGUGGAGUCUCCUCUCACCUGCAAAGAGGGCGAGAGCGUGCAGGGCUCCCAUAUUACCCGGUGGCCAGGUUUCUAUAUCCUCCAGUGGAAGUUCCACAACAUGCCGGCCUGCUCGGCCACCAACCUGCCCCGAGUGGAUGACGUGCUGGCCACCCUGCAGGUCUCCUCCCACAAGUGCAAAGUCAUGUACUACACCGAGGUGCUGGGCUCUGAGGACUUCAGGGGUUCGAUGACCAGCCUGGAGUCGAGCCACAGCGGUUUCUCUCAGCUCAGUGCCGCCACCACCUCCUCCAGUCAAUCACAGUCCAGCUCAAUGAUCUCCAGGUAGAAACUGGAAGCCUAAGACUCCAAUCCCCACAAUCACUCCCCCCUCCCCCUUAUGCUGCCCUUACCAUCAACUCACAAUUCUUCUCCUGCCCUUCCUCAUUGUCUUUUGACCUACUGCACAGCAAGUCUCUAUGGAACUGAAGCAUGCUUGCACAAACAGAAGACAAAGAAUAAAAUAAAAAAAAUCUGAGGCAAAAAGAAAAAAAGACUAUAUGUACAAUUUAAAGGGCUGAUUUUUGCACAAAGGUCAUAUUUUUUUUUUGUGCCUGGCAUCUCUGCUGGGCAGUAAUUUGAAUCAGAGCAUCAGCAGAAUGUUUGUUUGCGUCGUGUCCCGCACAGGGUGGAAAGGUUGAAGUUCAAGAGCUGAAACACCUUUUGUGGCACUGGAAGCCGAAAGAAGCAAUAUUCUCAUCCUGGGAGCAACGGGACCGGCUGAAGACACUGGAGGCACUGUUACAUAUAUGCAUUUACAUCUACACUCACAAAUACAGUACUGAGACGACGCAUACCUCAUUCAUGUGCGUUGGCUGAAAAACUGGAUGUGCUGUUACAUGCAAACACCACCACACGCACAGUGUUUGCCAUAUUACCAGAGGGGUUUCUUCAAUCUGGUGAAUUGUUUAUAGGUCAAGUGUGGGUGGGUCUGGGAAACUCUAAACUAGACCUGGGUCGAAUAUGAUGCAAUUAAUUUGUUAUUUUAAACUGCACGGAGCUACGGAGUGGGUGGAGCUUACUGAAUCACGGCAAUGCAGAUGGUGUCAGCAAAGUUGCCAGCUACCGGGGGGAAAAAAACAUAUUUUCCCGUGGCUGUGUGAGCUUUCUGUCGCUCACGUUGUUGUUUUAUGUGGCAAACCCCGCCCGUCCGUCUCACGAGGGCUUUAUCACACCUUGAAAAGCAUUUGAGUAUUUGACCUGGGUCUGAGUCUUGGCGAAAUAAUCCGCUAAAAGCAAUAACACGAGUUUGACUUCCUACUGUGUGAAAUAUUUCUACUUAUCAUUAAGAUAUGUGUGUGGAGGAUCAUGGGAACUGACUGCAGAUGACCACCUUUGUUGUUGUAAGCUGUGUACAGAUACGGGCAAACUGAGCCAGUAAACAGCUAAAUUCUGUGGCAACAACUUUAUCAUUUCUCGUCUCUUGUUAACAUUCUGUCAGGAGAGAAACAAAAAUAACUCGCCAGAUUUUCUCCUGGACAUGUUUUAUUUUCUUUGGAGUGACGACAGCUGGUUGGCUUUCUGUCCAGCGCCUACACGGUCGAGGAGCUCCAGUUGAAAUCAAGUCGUAAAGGAGAUGCCUUGUCACUGAUUUGUGAAUGUGCUACUGAUUGGCUUAGUGCUCGCUAACCAAUGAAAUGUCUGAAUUUGGAGGGUUGUAAUUGUGCAGAACUGCCAUCAUUCUCCACUUAUUUUUUUUUUUUUCCAGAGUGAUGUAGACUUCAGCGUGCAUUAGGGAUGAAUGUUACUUUGUGAUUAUCAUUAGAUGGUGCUCCAGUGGAGAACAUAUUGAUACUGUACAUGUGUUAGUGUUUGUUGGAGUUUGUUACUGUUUUUUUGGAGAUGAGUACUUGAUGGGGUUGAAGCAGUGUGUUGUGGUACUGCGUGCUCACGUGGUGAUUGGGUUUACAGAUCUAAUAUUUAAAAAAAGUAAUUAAGAUAUAGCCAUUUUAAGAGUCAUGUGUCAAUAAAUACCAUUUUAGCCUUUUGUAAGCAUCACUUUAGAAACGUACCUGCUUUUUUUUUCAAGGUCACUACUGUUUAAUAGAUGAACGAUUGUGAGCUGAAUGAUCAUUUCUAAAUACAACACGUCCAUGCAGUGGUUUUUAAAAUGCAGUUUAUGUGGUUGAUAAGAAUUGAUGACUUUAUGUAGAAAUGAUCACCAUUACCAUGAGUCAGUGCAUGCUGUUGCCAUGGUUGCCGAGUGCAGCUGACAGCAAAAAAACAAACAAACCCCAAACCGAUAAGACACAGAGGUUUUCUCCUUAUAUGGGAAUCAUCCUCCUGAAAAUACUGACCCUGCCUGUUUUUAAAUACAUUUUGAACUAUUAAUGAAAGGUCAAGGGUUAACUUGUGGGAACUAUAUGUCAUUAACUGCAAUAACAUGAAAUGCUUCACUGGGGGGGAAAAAGGACCUCCUCAGAUUGUGUGCUAUUGAGUGUGUAAAAGAAUGAAUGUUGGAAACGGUGGGGUUAAAUGAUAUGCCUGUAAAAUAUCUCUGCCCCUCACGGCAGGUGUGUUUCUCUACUCGGCCUCUUCUCACUUUCUGAAGCAUGCCUAGAACCACACGACUGACUUUCCUUCACCUGGUUAUUCCUUGAGGAGAUUUCCAUUUAAUGGUUCGGCUGAUGAUGAAACAAGUAACAUCAGAUCCAGACCUGACAACUCUUACACUUCCUUUUGGCUCUGUUUCUGCUCUUUGUCACUUGUACACUCCAGUUUUGCUGUGUUGCUUUCAAACACUUCAUUGUGUCUAUCUCAGAAAGCAGAGUGGACCUUGUUUGAAGCCAUAGGCAUAAAGAAGAAGUGUGCUCAGAUCAGAUGUUUUUGUUUCCUUUCUUAUUAAAUUCACUGCUGUCUCCUGCACCUCUGACUCUUUCAUCAAGAUCUCAUUGACAAAUGAGGGCUAUAACUGUUUGUCUGGACUUUAAAACUUUCUGUCUCUCCGCCUCCUUUUCUGACAUCGUUGCAUAUCUUUUCUUGACCUUGAUGUGAGGAAUUAUGUAAUAUGUACAUGUUUCAAUUAAUGAGAAUAUGGCGCCUUUACAUUUUUUGAAAACAAUUAAACUUGAAUUAUGGGAAAAUAAAAA